UUGCAUUUGGCUAUAGCAGUUGCUGAGCAUGCGGCAGCAGCAGCAGCAGCCACUCAAGCACCAUGCACCACUACACGUGAUUGUUUUUCAAAAUCAGACCGGUUACCAUCGCCAAAUGACAGUCAUAUGUUCGGUGAUCAAACUCCGAAAUAUGAUGUGUCCAGAUCGAUCAGUCGCCGUUCACUUCCGGAAUUCAUCUAUCCGGACACGAUCCGUCAACGCGUCACACCGGAUGAGUGUCCUGUUUGUCAGAUUAUGCUGCCGAAAGGCCCAAAUGGCUGUGAGAUCUUUGAAGUAGUGUGGUGUGUAUUGGUUGAAAGGAAACGAUAUGUGGGACAAGAAUAUGGUGUGUAA